AUGAGGCGCUUGCUCCUGGUACUCGCGCUGCUCAUCGCUGGCUCUAAGGCCAUUCCAGGCCAGCAGCAGCAGCCCUUGCAGCAGGAGCAACCGACAUCGGCCAAACCGCCCAACUUUCUUUUCAUCCUGACCGAUGACCAGGAUCUUCAGCUGAAUUCCCCAGCGUAUAUGCCACACACGCUCGCCUGGAUCAAGGAACAAGGCAUUGAAUUUCAGAAUCACUUUGUCACUACCGCCCUAUGCUGUCCCUCGCGAGUCAGUCUCUGGACCGGCCGACAAGCGCACAACACAAAUGUCACGGAUGUACAUCCACCUUAUGGCGGCUAUCCGAAAUUUGUGUCUCAAGGCUUCAAUGAUAACUUCCUGCCCGUCUGGUUGCAAUCUGCGGGCUACAAUACAUUUUACACCGGCAAACUCUUCAACGCACAUAGUAUCCACACGUACAACGCCCCUUUCGUCAACGGCUUUAAUGGCUCCGACUUUCUCCUUGAUCCCUUCACCUACUCUUACUGGAACGCCACUUACCAGCGCAACCAUGAUCCACCGCGCAGCUACGAGGGUCACCACACGACAGAUGUGAUUACCGACAAAGCAUUGGGAUUUCUCGAGGAUGCUUUGCAGAGUGACUCGCCCUUCUUUCUCACAGUGGCACCAAUUGCACCCCACACCAAUGUGGAGCUGGAGCAGGAAAGAGGAAACCCAGUCAUGACGGAACCACUUCCCGCGCCGCGCCAUGCGCAUCUCUUCCCAGACGCGAAAGUACCACGAACACCACACUUCAAUCCUGCACAGCUCUCCGGAGUGAGUUGGAUUCGUAACCUCGAGCUCAAAAACCAAACCGUCAUUGAUUAUGAAGACCAUCUUUACCGACAACGUUUGCGUGCAUUGCAAGGGGUUGACGAGCUUGUUGACCGUCUGUUGACUCGCCUGGCAGCUAGCGGCGAACUUCAAAACACCUUUAUUAUAUACAGUGCAGAUAACGGCUACCACAUUGGCCAGCAUCGUCUGCCACCCGGAAAGACGACUGGAUACGAGGAGGACAUCCGCGUUCCGUUCUACAUACGUGGGCCUGGACUCCCACGCGGUGUCAGCGUUGAUCGUGUCACUACCCACAUUGACAUCGCACCCACGUUGUUUGAGCUUGCUGGUAUCCCGCUGAGGGGAGAUUUUGAUGGCACUCCAAUGCCCUUGGCGCGGGAAACCAAAUCCAUUUUGCAUGAACAUGUGACGGUGGAAUAUUGGGGAAGGGCCGUUCUUGAAGGAGAGUUUUCACGACUUGGUCCUCAUGGAUCUCCCACCAUGCCCAACAAUACAUACAAGUCCGCUCGGAUCCUGUCGAACGAGUAUAAUCUGUACUACUCGGUCUGGUGUAACAACGACCACGAGUUGUACGACCUUUCGACGGACCCAUACCAGAUGAACAACCUUUACUCCCGCAGCAAGGUUCGUUUGCUCGGUCGUCCUUUGGCAGCAGUGCUUGACCGGAUCGAUGCACUCCUUCUCGUGCUCAAAUCCUGUCAAGGACGAACUUGUAUCGAGCCCUGGAAAGUUCUCCAUCCUUCAGGUGAUGUGCGUAGUCUCAAAGAGGCGCUGGACGCCCAGUACGAUGGAUUCUACAAGGCCCAACCCAAGGUGCUGUACUCGGUGUGCGAGGACGGCUACCUCAUUGAUGCUGAAGGCCCGCAGACGGGAUACCAGUAUCGGGAUGGAUUGAGCUGGGAAGCGUGGACUUGAGGCGAGUCCAUAAUUAUGAUAU